CCGGGCUGAAACGACCGGUUGUUCUCAGCCUCCCUCUCUGACCUGCUACCCCGGGCAUUGUUUUCUGUUCUCCAAGGUCGUAGGUGGCAGGCGAGGAACGCCUGGGUUCUGGCUGCUUGCCAGCUCUGUGACCUUCGGCCCUGGGGCCACUGGGCGGCCGCGCCUCCUCGACGGGAGGAGAGGACUCCUCAUUCCCCUGGCUGCUAGCCUCUACCGGAGGCUCCGCUAUGGGCUCGCGCAGUUCCCACGCUGCGCUCAUUCCCGACGUGGACCACAUUCGCAGAGAGACCGGCUUCUCACAAGCCAGCCUGCUCCGCCUCUACCACCGGUUCCAAGCCCUGGACAGGGAGGAAAAGGGCUUCUUGAGCCGCCUAGACCUCCAGCAGAUCGGGGCGCUGGCUGUGAACCCUCUGGGGGACCGCAUUAUAGACAGCUUCUUCCCCAACGGAAGUCAGAGAGUGGAUUUCGCAGGCUUUGCCAGGGUUCUGGCUCAUUUUCGACCUGUAGAUGAGGAGGAUGCAACAAUCCGAGACCCCAAGCAACCUGAACCCCUAAACAGCAGAAUGAACAAGUUGCGCUUUGCAUUUCAGCUCUAUGAUCUGGAUCGUGAUGGGAAGAUCUCCAGGAAUGAAAUGCUACAGGUUCUCCGGCUGAUGGUUGGGGUUCAGGUGACGGAUGAGCAGUUGGAGAGCAUCACAGACCGCACAGUGCAGGAAGCUGAUGAAGAUGGUGAUGGGGCAGUGUCCUUCAUGGAAUUCACCAAGUCCUUAGAGAAGAUGAACAUCGAACAAAAAAUGAGCAUCCGGAUCCUGAAGUGACCCCUAUGCCUUUGACUCAUGCAACCCUCCAUAGACUUGGGAUUUAUCCUCGGGUCCCUUGGAGGCAGGAUCCCUAUAAGAUAUAUUCUUACUUCACAACUCUAUUGAGGACUGGGAAAGGGAGUUGGAGGGGUGUGUGCUGAUCUCAUUUGGGAGCAGAUUUGUGAAUCAGCCAAUCUUUUGGUUGCAAGUGACUGAAAAUCCCGCCCAAAGUGACAUGAGUUAAAAAAGUGAAAAAAAAAUUACUUGGGCUCAUGUAAUUAGACAGCCCAGAAGUAGUUGCCUUUUGGUAAUCGGGAUCCAAGGACAAAAUUGAUGUAAUCAGGAUUGAGUUUUGUCACCUGAGUUUCUCAGCUCAGCUCAGCUGCCCUCUUGAAUUGGCUUAACUCUUUCCUUUGGUGGAACGGGCCACCAGCACACCAGAUCAUAUCGUCCUAGCCCACUAAUCGAGGGGGAAGAGACUUCUUUUUUAAGUACACCAACCAAGUAUCAUCAUCCACACAGCUGGAGUCUUUUCUCCCUCUGUAGGGGAAUGAAACAUUCUAAUUGGUCAUGCCUGUGUCAUGUAAUAAUUCUGAAGCCCCAUAUAUAAGGUUUGAAGUGUUAGGAUAGAGUGAGAGGUAUUUAUUUUAAGGAAAAUGAAGUAAUGAUAUCAGAAAAUGCACGUGUAUGUUUAUGUUGGUUUUGCUCAGGCAACACAAAUUAUGCAUCUCCUUACCACUUGGUCGAGCAAGUGGAGGGAACCUAGAAAUGUGGCCUCUGGGAUGGGUUUUUCUCUGAUUCCCUGGAAGAGUAGAAACAUGGUGGGAGGGAGGACAAUGUGCAAAUAAUAAAUCAUACAUACUUUC